AUGGCAGCAGCUUAUAAACCUGCUUUUUCUGCCGAUCAGUACUCCUGCCCGGUGUGUCUGGAGGUCCUGAAGGAGCCGGUCACUCCACACAACUACUGCGUGGACUGCAUCAAUGACUACUGGAACCAGCCUGACACAGAGGGGGGCUACAAGUGUCCUCAGUGCAGACGGCCAUUUAACGAGAGGCCAGAGCUGAACAAAAACAUCGUAUUAACAGAACUGAUCGAGAAACUGAAGGAGGCUACAGACGACGGAGGACCGUCUGAGAGUUAUGCUGGACCUGACGACGUGUCCUGUGAUGUUUGUACGGGGAGAAAACUGAAAGCCGUGAAGAGCUGCCUGACCUGUAUGGCCUCCUACUGUGAGAUUCAUCUGCAGCCGCAUCUGCGAUCUGAAGUUCUGAAAAGACACAAACUGGGAGAGUCGACUGGAAAUCUCGAAGAGAAAAUCUGUGAGAAGCAUCAGAAAGUUCUGGAAAUCUACUGCAGGUCCGACCAGACGUGUGUGUGCUUAGUUUGUGUGGCGACUGAACAUAAGAAUCACGACACGGUGACACCUGAAGAAGAGCGAGCAGCGAGACAGAAUCAGCUGGAGGAGAGAAAGGAAGAAGUGAAAAAUGAAAUUGAAAAAAAAGAAAACAAACUUAAACGGAUGAGGAAAACCAUAGAGAUGAUUCAGAGCUCAGCAGAGAGAGAAGUGCAGGAACAUGAGAAGAUCUUCAGGUCUGUACUUGAGUCCAUAGAGAGAUUGAGGUCAGAGGUCAUUGAGGUCAUUAGAGGUCAUGAAAGAAGGAAAGUGAGAAAGGCUAAAGAGUUCAUGGAGCAACUGGAAAAAGAAAUCAAAGAGCUGAAGAGGAGAAACACUGAGCUGGCCAAACUUUCACAAAUAGAUAACCACAUCCACUUCCUAAAGAAGUUUCCAUCUCUCUGUUUCCCUCUUGGAGAUCAAGACAUACCAGCCACAAGUGUUACUGAAGAUUUGCUUCCUGAGACUCUGAGGAUGAGUUUAUCUGAUCUGAAGAAGAGUCUGGAGGAGAUCAGCAGCUGGGAGAUUGUGAAGAUCAGUGAGCCUGGGGUUGAUGAUUCACGUCACAUCCCACAGAAUUUGAGGACCAGAAAUGGACUCUUAAAAUACUUCUGUCCACUCACACUGGAUCCCAACACGGCAAACAAUUGUCUAUACCUGUCGGCAGGGAACAAGAAGGUGACAAGUCAGAUGAAAAAGAUCCCGUAUCCUAAACAUCCUGACAGAUUUGACAGUUGGCUUGAAGUUCUGUGCAGAGAGGCUUUGAGUGGGACCCGUUGUUACUGGGAGGUUGAGUGGAGUGGAAAAGAGAUUGACAUUGGAGUGACAUAUAAAGGAAUAGCAAGGAAAGGAGAAAGAGAUGAAAGUGCUCUUGGGCGCAAUGACAAGUCCUGGGAUUUCUGCUGCUCUGUUUCCGGUUACACCGCAUGGCACAAUAACAAGACGAUGCAAAUCAGCGCCCCCUGCAGUCACAGAAUUGGUGUGUACCUGGACUGGUCUGCUGGAUCUCUGUCAUUUUAUAGCAUCUCACACACAAUGACCCUCCUACACACGUUCAACGCCUCCUUUACUGAGCCGCUCUAUCCAGGGUUUGGGUUUGUAUGGGACUCCAGUGUAACAAUCUGCCCUCUAAACCCACCUGACUAGUGACCGUUUUGGUCUGCAGGUCACUUUAUGUCUUCUAUCACUAAAACUGUCUUGUUCUUUUACACUAAAACAUCAUGCAGACCACCUGAAGAUAAACACUCCCAAUUUACUUAAUAUUUUAAAAUGUAAUCUUUGCCUGAAGUAGAACAGCGAACAAAUCUAUGGUGGCUGAUGGAACAUGAGAGUUAAGUCCCCAUCUCUCAGAAUAUGAAAUCUUAAUUUUGUAUGUAAGUAUAACAACUAGUAAGUAAUUCUGUUUAUUUUAUUUUACCCCAUUCCACUGGUAUAGUGGCUAGUGAUGCUACCUUACAGCUCCAAAUCACUCUUUUCAAACACCAGCCCGGUCACUGACUGUGUGGAAUUUCCAUGUUCUCCUAGUGCCCAUAUGCACCAGUUUACUUUCCAAAUCCCAGUUUUACCCUGGUUUUGGUCAAAUGGUGCCCUGUGAUAGAGUGACAUUCUAUCCAAGUUUGUUUCUUGCCUUGUGGUCAUGGUAUGCUCCAUUUUCUUGUCACCUUAAAGAUAAUUUAGGUGGAUUAUCAAAAUGGUCAAAGGGAUGGGCAUUCCAGUCUUUUUCAUUUGAUCUUUCCACCGCUGCUUUUUCAUUUUUCUUCACUGAACUAUUGACAUGAUGAAGGUGUUGACCAUAACUGCAUUAUCAGCAUGAUAUACUGACCUCACCAGGUGGACAGAUAGACUACAUUACCUGACUGGAUGCAGAACAUUCCUACUUAAACCAUGACUCAGUUCCAAAAGGCCAAAUGUAAAAUAAAACAAAAGAGCUAAAUGAAUGUUAAAGUUUGAAGUGAACCAUUUAUAACAUUAACAGUUUGUGUCUUAGAGAAGGCUUUGAGGUGUAGAAAGUAAAUGGCAUGCAAAAGAAGCUAAACCAAUCUAUAUGCCAUAUACUGCCUUUCACUGAUAAAUAAGGAACUUGAUAAAUAAAACAAUUAGAAAACAAAAAAAAAAAAAGGAGGAUGGAUAAAGAGAAAAAAAAGGAGAGUCAUACUGUGAAGAUAGCAAUGUAUUUCAGUCAGCAAUGGACAAUACUCUUGACCAGGGGUUCUCAAUCUCAGUCCUGGAGGGCACACUGUGGCUGCAGGUUUUU